GAAGCCGUGGACUUCGUGCGGGCCCACCUCGCGGCUUCUCGCAAAGAAAAAGCUGAAGCCCUCCGCGACGCUUGCGAAGCUCUUUGCGAUGCUUGUCUUUCCGAAGACCCCAUUAAGUCCGAAGGCCACGGCUGCGACAACAUGACGGUGGUGUUGGUGGGUUUGAGUGCGGAGUUGAAGGGCAAAGUCUCGCGCGCAGCAAAAGCCAAAAUUUGUCUUUACGGGGGGGCCCCCGACCUUUACUUGGGGCAGGACGAGGCCGACUACGAGGCCCUCGACGACGACGACUAG